AUGGGAGUUGAUAGUGGUGGUGUUACCCCUAGGAAUCCUAUCUUUAAUAUUGGUGAAAAAAUAUUUGCUUGUGUUGCCAAUGCUAUUGUUGUUCACUCUCCUAGGGGGCGACUAGGGGCUAGCGCUCUGCUGGCGGCGGAGUGCCGGCGCUUGGGUGGGGCGCGGGCUGGGCGCGGGCGGCGCGCAGGCGGCAGGCGGGCGGCGGGUGGCGCGCAGGCGGCAGGCGGCGCGCGGGCAGCGCUGGGCGGGUUACCUCCCGGUGGCUGCCGGGCUGCUUACUGGCGGCGCGCUUCGGUGGCCGGCAGUGGCACCCAGGCGGCGCUUCGGUGGUCAGGAGGCUGUUUCUGGUGGCAGGCCGGCGGCGCGGAGCUGGUCCGGGUGGUAGCUGAGGUGAUCGGAGUUGCGGUUUUUGGUGGCGAGGCCAAGGGUGGCCGCCGAGUAGAGCCAAGGCUACCGGGAAAGGCGCGGCAACCGGAAAACAAUGCAGGGAGGCCGGGUUCGUCGGGCGGUGGGAGCCAGGGACCAUUUGGAGGCCGUAGGGGAGCAGCAGGGCUGGCAGAUGCAGCGGUAGGGGCCAUCAGGGGAGGUGCGGACGCAACGGUGAGGGUCAAGGACUAG